GAAAGCGCCUGAGGGAAUGUUGCAUCAGACGAAAUGACAGUGAUUAAAAUCAGCCUUUUCUGCUUCUCCAAAAGUCUCUGGAACGGCGUGGUGACACUUGCCUGAUGCGUAAACCGUUAUACGCUGAACUUUAAACCCUCACCGGCUAUUAGCCUAUUACUUUGGCGGAAAAUAGGAAAAGAACACAACAGUAAAUGAUUGCGAAUAAUCGAGGAGGGAAUAUCAGGUUUUCAUCGGUUCAAAUAAGUCUGGUCGGGCUUGAGUUAAUUGUCCUCUAAUCCUGUGGCCCCAGAGGCGUUUGCGCAGCCCGGAGCGAGAAUUCUUCUUUCGGCUGUGCUCUGUGAUUUCCAGACGGAUUAUUGGUUUUCUUCUGGCCAUAAGCAAAGCAGCAGUUUCAUUUUGGCCAAAAAAGACAGUCAAUAGGCUAAUAUACGCAGCAGAAUCUGAGUAUUAAGAAAUAAGAAGAUCAAGAGGGGGGAAGGAGCGAUCUGGUCUCCCGGAGAAGGAAGGGAGAAGCAUGUCACGUCUGUCUCUGACCCGGUCUCCGGUUUCUCCUCUGGCCGCGCAGGGGAUCCCGCUCCCGGCGCAGCUCACCAAAGCCAACGCGCCUGUUCACAUUGACGUGGGAGGACACAUGUACACCAGCAGCCUUGCAACCCUCACCAAAUACCCAGACUCACGGAUCAGCAGGCUGUUUAACGGAACUGAACCUAUAGUUCUGGACAGUUUAAAGCAGCAUUAUUUCAUCGACAGGGAUGGAGAAAUAUUCCGCUACAUCCUUAGUUUCCUGCGAACCUGCAAACUGCUCUUGCCAGAAGAUUUUAAGGAAUUCAACCUCCUGUAUGAAGAAGCACGUUAUUACCAGCUGUCGCCCAUGAUAAAGGAACUUGAGCGGUGGAAACAGGAGAGAGAGCAGCGACGUCUGGCACAGCCCUGUGACUGCCUGGUCGUGCGCGUGACCCCUGACCUAGGUGAAAGAAUCGCACUCAGCGGGGAGAAAGUUCUCAUCGAGGAGAUCUUCCCCGAAACCGGUGAUGUCAUGUGUAACUCUGUCAACGCCGGUUGGAACCAAGAUCCAACCCAUGUUAUCCGCUUUCCCCUGAACGGCUACUGCAGACUGAACUCUGUGCAGGUGCUGGAGCGUCUCUUCCAGAAAGGUUUCAGCAUGGCGGCGUCCUGCGGUGGUGGAGUUGACUCCUCCCAGUUUAGUGAAUACGUGCUGUGUCGCGAGGAUAGGCGGAAUCAGUCCAUGAACACGCCCAUUAGGAUAAAACCGGAGCCACUGGACUAAAGACACACAUCGAGGCCCUCGGCCCCUGACCGAACUACACUAUACACACAGAUGGCCACAGACUCGCAGCUCUGCAGAGCUUAGCGUUUAUAAGGGGAAUGUAAUUUAUCACACACAAACCACAGCAGUUACAAACCCAAAGAACUUCAACAGAAACGACACGGGAGCAGCUCAGCUUUCCAACUUCCUGCUUUACCCCAACUCACCAAUGAGAGGACUCCUUCUGUUCAGAUGGGACACAAGCCCCGCCCCUUUCUCAGUGCAGUGUGUAUUAGUAUGUGUUAUUGUCUUGAGACGAAUUUGUGCAGUGAACACCGUUUUAUCGGGUCACGUUUAUGGACGUCUCUUCAUAUUCACGGUCAUAUUCACGGAAUGGACAAAAUCCAUGUCUUAAAUUACAACAAAGUCACUGGGGCUGACAUUACUCUCAAUAUUAGGGGCACGGGGGUCAACUUUUCAAACCACACGGAUUGUUUUUAAUUUCGUCAUUGUUUAUAAAGUACUUUUUUAUUCUUUUAUAGCACCAUGUUGUAUGCAGAUACCACACUGUGAGAAAUCAUUUUCUUAAUCAGUUGUCAUGUUUUCCAGUAAAAAAUAUCUAAAGAUAUAAUAAGAUUAUAAGCUGAAAUGGGCCACCGCGUUAUGCAGAACGGGCCUCAAAACGGUGCCGCAAUAUGCCGAAAAGGACAGCGAAACCUGGAGUCCUGAACACCCCUUAAUUUCUGUUCUGGGUAACAAAAUAGUAACUGAAAUAGUAGCUGAAGUGUGUCAUUUCUGCGCCACCAAACAGAAUCGCAAAAAUAAUCCGUUUCAAACAGGUUUCCCAAACUCCCUCCUAUCUUCCAUUGGUCAGGCAAAAAAGAGCCAGUGUUGCGGGCCACUCAAACAAACAGGAAUGUUUUGAUAGAGCCACUUUUUAGGGUGAAAUCAACCUACGAAUGGUUUACUUAUAGUUGAUUCUGUAUAUUAAGUUGGGAUAGGAUAAAGUAUUUUAACUUAGAAAAAUUACACACUUCAGCUUUAAAGAUGUUUAGAUAUAAUUACUGGAAAACAAGACAAAAAUAGCUAUUAAGAAAAUGAUUUUUUUUUUUUUUUUUUUUUUUGCAGUCAUCAGUACUACGAUUCAGUUUUUGUCUCUUGUGUAUGUUUCUUGUGUUAUAUGAAGGAUGUUGGGAGUGGCAUUCUGAAGGCAUUACAUUUAAGAGCUUCAGAGAGACUUUUCCUGGCCGGGUAUUACGCCCUCGGGCAGCAUGGCAAAAGCAGUCUGGCUUUAAUGCAUUCGCCGCUAUAGAAAUCUUCUUUGUUUAAAGGAGCUACAAGCAAACAUGGGUAUUUCUAAACCCUGCGUUCAAAAAUAGGUGACACCGAGGAGACCAAGUGAAAACAUUGCCAUACUUAAGCGUAUCAUUACACAUUUGAAAUGUUAUAAGCUCUGUAAUGUUGCUCAGUGAAGAACCUUGUUAGAUCAAACAAGUUUUGAGCUAAAUGGUACCUACACAAAAGAGAUGUUUGUGCAAAGAACAUGCAAAGAAUGAAAUUCAAGUCCCUUUGCGUAACUUGAGGCAAAUUUUGAAAGAUGAAGGUAUAUGAUUGUGUCUAGAUAAAAUACAUAUGAUUAAUAGCGUACAUUUGCACUUAAAUACCGCUCUGACGCCAAGCUAGUAUGAAAAUAAGCAGCCAGUGUUUAAACAUUUAUUGGAAAUAGACUCAAGUCUGUGCUCAGUGACAGAAUGAGGGUAGGCCUACUAACUAUGAUGCAUUAAUUUUUUAAACCAUCUUUAUAAAUGAAUAAUCAUUAUUCAUUAGCCAAAUUUAUCAGAAUAGUUCAUUUUUCUAAUUGUUUGAGGUUGACGUCUUAGAUACUGAAUUGUGCGAUUAAAUGACAGAUACAUCGUAAAUGGGGUGCUGUCUGAUUUCCCAAAACGGUUACAAUGGGUGGGAAUAUUGUGCACUUGUCUUUAAAGUGAAAAUGAAUUACAGCUCCCAGAGUUCUUACGAACCUGGUCUCAUGACAAGCAGUAAUAAUUGUACAAAAUGGAAAAAUCAUUAGUUGUACAAGUUGGCUCGUACAAAAACUUACAACUUUUACUCCCAUAGAGAAAAUAAUUAAACCAACGAACAAAGUUAUUACGAUUUUUUUAACCCCUAACCCAAAACUAAACCUAACCAUAAUUUUAAUGGAAAAUUACUGUUGUGUACUGUGGAAGAAAGAGAAAAAUGGGGGUUUUGAAAAAGCGUUUAAUUUCCCAAAGUUUAACAUCGAACCCAAACCCUAAACCUAACCAUGAAUUCUAACCACUUACCCUAACCCAAUCCUAAACAUGAAUUUAAUCAGAAAACUUUAUGGUUUGGAACGAGACGAAGGAAGUGUAUUACAGGUUAUUGACAUACAUCAGUCAUUUCUAUUCCAUAAAUAACCAAAUUUGUCCACAGACAUUUCCUUUCUGAAAAUAAAAUGUUGAAUAUGAGGCUAGCUAAAAUUCGAUGCCUGUAUUGUAUCGAUUUAAAAUACUGUCUAUUGAUUGGUUGCUUUCUGUGGCAAUAAAAGUCUAAAAUUUUCAUACAA